AUGGACGACGAAUCGUCGAAUGAACCAUCGACUUCAAACGCUCCACCAGCAAAAUCAUUUCGAACCAAAACGAUUCCGUACAGUCGUAAAAUGAUACCGGUGAUUCGGCCGAAAGUCGCAGAGAAAACAAAAGCGGGACCAAUUCCGACACCUCUGAUCGCCCUAUUGGACAGGACUCAGUCAGCGAAUCAGAAAAAAAAAACGUAUUUUCCGGAUAUGAAGACGAUUCUCGAGGAAUUCGGUCUGACCGAUAAUCCGAUUGCCUUCAAAUCGUCACUUUUUACUGAAAAGCUGGAAAUGAUCCAAAAGCUUCGUGGCGAGAACGAGUUUCUUCGCGACGAGAUCUGCAAGAAGAAUGACAAUUGUCGAAAAACCACUCUACUGAUUACAAAUCUACGCAAUAACACCAUCGAAUCAUCAAAUCAGUGCCAAUUUUUGCACUCGACCAUUUCUGGUCUCGAAACGGAAAUCGAGGAGAUCAAAAGAUCUAUUGGCGAAUGA